AUGUCCAUGUCCGAAGUUAGAAAACAAGAAUUAGCGAAAAAAAGAGAAAAACUUCUUCAACUCCGGAAAGCUAGAGAGGAACGAAAGAUUACUCCGGCGCCGGCAGAAUCAACCGAAAAAUCAAAAAAAGAUGAACUAGAUGCUCUUCUCGCAGAUUUGUUGCCAAAACAAGAACCUAAAACAGAAGCACCAGAAAAACCAGUUGAAAAAGAACCAACGCUACCUCCUGAUUCAAUUAGAAUUGACAAUCUUCCUCCAAACUUUAUACCUAGCGGUCCGGCGACACCUACCGUACCGACGCGAUUCGUCCCAGAUUUCACUACUUUUGAAGCAGUUAUAUUAGAUAUUCCUCCAAAGGAAAUUGUGCAUUAUAACAAAGAAGUUCAAACUGCCGCUACGUCUUUCGAGGAGCCACCACCCUCUGAAGAAGAAAUUCGUGAAAAAGUGCGACUAGAAUUUGAAGAGCAACUAAAAGCAAAAGAAGCAGCUGCCGCAGAGUUACGUGCUAAGCAAGAAGCGGAAAAGAAAAAAGAGUUAAAACUUCUCGAAUUAUCAGAUGCAGAAAGACAGAAUAUCAUCAAGUCUCCAGAAUUUGAAGAAUUCAUUGCACAUUCUUCCCUAAUGGUAGAACGGGUUUUAUGUGAGAAUUAUGAUUUCAUGAAAGAUUAUGUGUUCGAUGGAGCAACGUCGAGUGAUGAAAAAGAUGGUGUACGUGUCAAGCAUUCAUGUUCAUUUUAUGAUGAUCGAUGGAGCAAAAAUCGAUUCGUUACUGAUGUUAAUUGGUCACAUAAGAAUCCUGAACUGUGUGUUGCAUCAUACAACAAGAAUCCUUAUAAUAUGAAUGACCCAGAUGGUGUUGUUUUAAUAUGGAAUUUGAGAUUAAUACAACGACCGGAAUUCGUUUUUCAUUCGCAAUCGGAUGUUUUGACAACAAUGUUUUCUGAAUUUCACCCGAGUUAUAUCAUUGGUGGAACUUAUUCUGGCCAAAUCUUAGUUUGGGAUAUGAGAGCAAAAUGUUUACCUGUUCUCAAGACACCACUCUCAACUGCCGGUCAUACCCACCCAGUUUAUUCGAUGCAGAUGGUUGGUACACAAAACGCACACAAUCUUAUCACCGCAAGUACAGAUGGCAUGGUGUGCUCUUGGCAGCUAGAAACACUACUUCAACCGACGGAAACCUUAGAAUUAGUUCAUUCAGGACACAACAAAACUGAUGAAGUUUCAGUUACAUCUUUUGGUUUUCCAGAAAAUGAAACCUCAACUUUCUGGGUUGGAACAGAAGAAGGCAAUAUCUAUCAAGCGAAUCGAUUCGGGCAUGCCGGCGGAAAAGCUGGCAUUAACCAAUAUGACACUUAUAAAGGACAUUGGGGCCCAGUAACCGGAUUUCAUUUCCAUCCUCUAGUCGGACCUGUAGAUUUCUCGGAUCUAUUUUUAACUUCCUCAGUGGAUUGGACAGUGAAACUAUGGAAAUCUAAAUCAAUUUCGAAACCGUCUGCUACAGCACAAACUAUCUCUCCAUUAUACAGUUUUGAAGGAACAGAUGAUUAUGUUUAUGAUGUUAAAUGGUCACCUACUAAUCCCGCUCUUUUUGGUUCUGUUGAUGGUAAAGGAAACUUUGCUGUUUGGAACUUAAACGAUGAUACUGAGAUACCAGUUGUAAAUACUCAAGUCGGUAAUCGUGCAUUGAACAAACUCCAAUGGGAUAAAGAAGGAAGAAGGGCGGCUAUUGGAUCAUCAGAUGGACGUGUUCACAUUUAUGAUGUUGGAGAGUUAUGUAAUCCAAGAGAAGAUGAGUGGGUUAAAAUGCAAAAAACACUUUCAGAAAUGAAUGAUUCUGGAGAAUCGGUUGUGAAAACUGCAAAAUAA